AUGAUGAUGAUGAUGAUGAUAUGCUUCGGUAAAGAAAUAACACUAGGUAUGGGAUAUAUGCUCAACUGGAUCACGGGAAUCGAUUUCAUAGACCUGUCAGACCUCGAACCUGAAUACACACGGCAGGAUACGCAACGAAAUCGAAUUUCAGAAGAGGCUCAAACGAAGCGAGCCCAGCGCCGAUAUCUCUUAGCCACACAAACAUUAAACACCAAAUUAAGCCUACGGAGUAGCCCGGACGAGGACGACAAAGACGUCAACUUAAAAGAGAAAAUAUCAACUCUUGUACAACAAACGCUACACGACACUGAGAGGAAAAUUAAAUCUGUUCAGAACAUGAAAGAACACUUCAAGGAUGAACCGCCCUACAGAAUCGGUUUUGUACUGAGCAUGGUAAAGAAAACUAGGGAUGUGCUAAACGAGUUAUUUAAUGUCGCGGUCAAGCACCGAGAUGAAUGGAAGGCGUUGGAGCAAAUGAAAAUAUUCGAACUAAUUGUUCAUACGAAUGUUGACACAAAUAAUUUAGUGAGGCAGCUUAUCGACAUUCAUGUUAAAUACAUGAAUUCAACCAACACGAAACUGAGGAGAGUAUUGCUUAUCUAAUUGACGAGGACAGCGUAUCGGCAAUUAAGGAAAAUACUUAUUUAAGCUGUUGAUUCACUUACAAUCUGUACUAUGUAUAUUGUGGGUAUAAAUUUAUUG